GUUUCCGGGAAGCGCACAACACAGAAUUGGGAUACAGCUUGUUAGUUGAUUGGAACUUUACUCCUUGGCUGUUGAGAGAGAACCACAAACGGCUGAUUUAAAGACUCCUGCCGUGUUCCCAUCAUUCAUUGCAUUGUCUAGCUAAAUCAACCUCAUCAUGAGGAGGAAGAUGAGGAGGAGCGUGGUGCAGUCAGUCAUUUGAUCUGUAUGGAUGAUGUGGUUCUGCACUAUCAGCCUGGAUCAGCUGCUGGGUUCAGCUGUCUGUUAGAGAGGACAGAGAAGCUUCUGGUGACUUUCCCCUGCCGGACACCUCAAGUCUUCAGCCCCUGGUCCCCCAGCGCCGCAGACCGCCACCUGCCCAUCAGACCGGCCAAACCAGCUCCCAUCAUCACAUGCUCACGGGAUUUACUCGUCUCUGACAGCAGGACACACACUGACACAGCACAAAUCCAACUGCAAGAACCUGAAGUUGACAGUCUUAUUGCUGAAAGACCUCAUAACCAACCAUCAACACCAGCUGAAAAUCCACAAGAACCUAAAGAUGCCUCCUGCGUUUCAGAGACCCAAAACCCUCUCCUCCCAGAGAGAGAGGUCACCAGACUGCCUCCUAAAAAACACAAAGGCAAAGACGGCUUUCCUGUCACUGACUCGCCGGUCAAACGGUCCUGGAGCAUCUUUACACAUAAAGGAGUUCUGCUGCAGAGCUCCCAGUCGCUGUCCAAGCAGUUCCGUAACAUGGUGUCGACCCACAGGCUCCACCUCCACCAGAGGGCCAAAUGGGUGAUCUGUCAGCACAACUGUGGGGCGGCCAGAGACAUUGAACAGGUGUGGCGGGCUCUGAGCCGGGCCAUGCAGAGCUCCAGGCUGCAGACGUGUAACGCCAACAUCCAGAGGGAGCGUGCGGAGAUCUGGGUGUUUUGUGACGUUAUCCAGUCCGAGCAGGUGGGACGUGUCCUAAAGGGUGAGCUGCAGCUGUCGGGGAGGAUCUGCCUGUCGGUUCACAGACUGGGAAACAUCUUCAGCAUGUAGCGCAUGAGCAUCAGCUGGAACAGUAUGAUCAAUACAAAGAAGGCCCAGAAUCAAAUAUGACAAACAUGUUUACAGGUCCAGAUGUUAUGAUCACACUAAGAUGUCUCCAUUAUUAGAGGACAAACAUGCAGUCUUGAUUGUUUACUAAUUUACUUGAUAUUUUAUCCCAUCUUGGGGAAACUAUGAAUACUACUGAUGUUAGUGAUCACAUUACCUUUUUCCUCUAAUGCAGUGCUUCUGAACUACUGGGCCAUACACUGGUGCCAGGCUGUGAGGAAUAUUUGACCACUGGUUUCUAAAACCAGGAUAUGGUGUUUACAUGUGUAUAUAUAAAUUUGAGAACAGAUGCUUAUGAUAGUAUUUUUAUAUUGAUUGUCUCGCUAAUGUAAAUAAAGAUAUAAUGGUUUAAAUACA